AUGCCGUACACGUACUAUCCUGUGUACGAAUUCGAUGUAACGGCUGGCAGGAGCGAGUACGAUCGGGGGGUGAGCACCUUCUCGCCCGAGGGGCGGCUGUUCCAAGUGGAGUAUGCCAUUGAGGCCAUCAAGUUGGGUUCAACGGCGGUUGGCAUUCAGACCAAGGAGGGCGUGGUGCUGGCGGUGGAGAAGAGAAUAACCUCGCCGCUGCUGGAGCCGCGCAGUGUGGAGAAGAUCAUGGAGGUGGAUUCACACAUCGGAGCCGCCAUGAGUGGUCUCACAGCGGAUGCACGCACUCUCAUCCACCACGGCCGCAUUCAGACUCAGUCGCACCGCUUCUCGUACAACGAGCCCAUGCUGGUAGAGUCGUGUACUCAGGCGCUCUGCGACCUCUCCCUGAAGUUUGGAGAGGGGGGAGAUGAUAGCAUGAGCCGCCCAUUUGGAGUGGCUCUGCUGAUUGCCGGAGUCGACAAAUACGGCCCUUGCCUGUACCACACGGAUCCAUCAGGCACGUUCGUGCGUUACGAUGCCAAGGCCAUUGGGGCCGGCACUGAGGGCGCACAGGCGAACCUACAGGACAGCUACAACAAGGACAUGAGCCUGGAGGAAGCAGAGACGCUGGCACUGUCCACUCUUAAGCAAGUCAUGGAAGAGAAGGUGUCAGCUACGAAUGUAGACAUCGCAAAAGUUGCACCAACAUACCACCUGUACACCAAGGAGGAGGUCGAGCAAGUUAUUGCACGAGCUGCAUAA